AUGAUUGGGAGCCUGACUCGGGUUUACUCUGGAAUAUCAGAGAAAGUUCCAAACUACGUUGACCAUCCAUGUUUCCGGAAAUGUCCGGAGAAAGCCGACGUGAUGACGUGUGUGUACAACUUCACGGUGGAAUACCACUAUGUACUUGGCGUCGAGUGUGGGACCUGUCCUUUUAACGUUACCCACUGCAAGAAACCCGGAUGUAUAGCGGCAGACGGCGUAGGUAGAUCCGUGAUAGCCGUCAACAGAAUGAUUCCAGGACCGGGAAUACACGUAUGUCUGGGUGACGUCGUCGUCGUGAACGUGCAUAACGCGCUCGACGGAGCCGAAGGUUUGUCCAUUCACUGGCACGGCUUGCAUCUGAAGGGACACCAGCACAUGGACGGAGUAACCAUGGUUACGCAGUGUCCUAUAGCGGCACGCACUACCUUUCAAUACAGAUUUCCAGUAAAAAUCCCAGGCACACAUUUCUGGCAUGCGCAUUCUGGAUUGCAAAGAGGUGACGGCGUGUUCGGAAGCUUGAUCGUACGGCAGGCGGACAGUGACGAAGCUCACCGAAGGUUGUACGACGAAGAUCUUCCAGAGCACACGAUCCACGUUCAGGACUGGCUCUUGCAGCCGACAGUGAACCGACUGGCGGGCCACCAACACGGGGUACUCGACAACAACCCGCAGUCUAUCUUAAUAAACGGACAAGGCUCAUUUCAAUCGUUCAUGUACAGCAUCGCCGGUCAGAUUCGCCGCACCCCCCACGCCGAGUUCUCCGUCUCCCAGAACACUUCCUACCGAUUCAGAGUGAUCAGCAACGGCGUCCUCAACUGCCCCAUCCGGUUAUCCGUGGACAACCACACGCUGUUGAUGGUCGCCACAGAUGGCGCUCCGUUCGACUCCGUGGAGGUCAAAUACUUCAACAUAUUCGCGGGAGAGAGGUACGACUUUGUGCUCAAUGCCACAAGCCGUGUUGACAGUUACUGGAUUCGAGCUAAAGGACUUGGGAAUUGUGGCAAAAAGAAAGUUAGAGAGUUCGCGAUUUUGAAGUACAAAGGCUCGAAUAUCACGAUUCCGGCUGUGGGUAGAAACGUGGGGGAGGAUAGUAAAGAAGUGGUACUAAAUCCCGUGAACGACGACGUCAUAGACUUAGACAGUGUUCUGUUGCUUACUGACCUCAACAGCACUCUGCCUGAUGACGUCACCAUGAAGGAACAGCCAGACAUAAAACUGUACGUUGCCAUGGAUUUCAACUCGAAGGUGACACGUGAUCUGAGCCAUGGAGACGUGUUGGCUAUGGGACAUACGAUGCGAGGCAUGCACCACGCCCACUUCCCCCAGCUGAACGGAAUAUCUUUCGUAACGCCGCCCUCACCACCACUGUCGCAGCUUCGAGACAUACCAGAGGAGUUGUUUUGCAAUGCUGACACUCUGAAGAUGAACUGCUCGACUCAUUAUUGCAAAUGUAUCCAUCGUCUUGUGGUGGGUGUCGGGGCUACCGUCGAGAUGGUUAUUGUAGACGAAGGCAAGAUGCUGAACGUCAGUCACCCGAUGCAUUUGCAUGGACAUAACUUCCGGGUCGUCGCCAUGGAUAAGCUAGGUGCGUCCACUAGUAUGGAGGAAGUUAAGCGACUGGACAGAGAAGGUCUCAUCAGACGUCGUCUAAGCAGGGCUGUCAUCAAAGACACCGUCGCCGUGCCAGACGGUGGGUACGUCGUCAUCAGAUUCGUGGCUGACAAUCCAGGAAUGUGGUUAUUCCACUGUCACAUCGCCUUCCACCUCGUGACCGGCAUGCAACUACUGCUUCAAGUGGGACAACCCGAUCAGCUACCCACCACGCCGGCCAACUUCCCGCGCUGCGGAAACUGGCGAUACACGGAACCAGGUGCAACAGAACCACCGAGGAAAAAUAAUCACAAUGGCCGCCAUGGUGGUGAUGACGAUGGCGAUAGUACCAGACGUAGUUGUGCAGUCUGCUCGGGGACCAGUACUGGAAAACGAAAUGACUUCUUGAUAUUGCUAGGCGUAGGAGUGUGGUGUUUUGAACAAUUUCUCAAUAGAAUGAGAUAAUUUUCUAAAUAUUUAAAGUGUACGAUGUUUCAUGUGAAAAUCGGUAGUCAUGUUAUUCUUAUCGGCAGCUCUGUUAUCCGUUCUUAUAAAACUGUUUCGAGUCCAGACUCAAUCUCUAAUGACGUCACAUGCAUGCAGUUUCUAUGGCGUUAGAGUCUUUAGUCUAGACUCUUGAGGUUUUAUAAGCACCAUAUCAUGCGUAUUAUGUCUGCUUCGGUCGCUCAAACCGUGAACUAUGUGAUCGUCUGCUAGGUACAUUGUUACAACAUUAUUUAUUUAUUUAAAGGGUUUUAAAUUCAACCGCAUUGAAUCAAUCCUAUGUGCAUCACUACAUGCUGUAGCAAAAACCGAAAGAGAUGACUUAACAAUGAGCUUAGUAACCAGAGGCGGAUCCAUGGGGAUGGACCAGGGCGGUGGUGUAGCGGGAGAGGGGGGGGGGGAGUGGCACGGGGGCAAUGUCC